UUUCUUAUUUAAGCCGAAUGAAGUCUUCCCCUUUAACUCACCAUUACUUGCUCUUCAACGGGCCGGCCAUCAUCCUGUGAUUCUGAUCAGUUGACCAUUUCGAGACUCUAAGAUGAAAGGAGCUUCAUUAUCGGCACAUAUUGCCAAGAGGUUGGAGGGUAAGGUGGCUCUGAUAACCGGCGGAGCCAGCGGCAUCGGGGAGAGCACUGCGAGGCUGUUCGCCAGGCAUGGUGCCAAGGUUGUGAUCGCCGAUAUCCAGGAUGAGCUCGGCUGCUCGGUCCGUGACAACAUUAAUAAUGAGGCCGGCAACCUGGCCGUUUCCUACGUCCACUGCGAUGUCACUAGUGAAACCGAUGUCAGCAACGCGGUCGAUGCUGCUGUGGGGUGGCGCGGCAAGCUCGACAUAAUGUUCAGCAAUGCGGGCACAGGGGGCAACAUCCACACGGCAUCCGGAAUCUCUGGGUUUAACUACGAGGAGUUCAAGAAGACCUUUGACGUCCACGUCUACGGUGCAAUCCUGGCAGCAAAACAUGCGGCGAGGGUCAUGGUCCCGGAGCAGACGGGAAGCAUCCUGUUCACCGCUAGCCUUGCAGCAGUGUCCGCCAACGGCGGACUUCAUACUUAUACUGCCGCAAAGCAUGCUGUCGUUGGACUGGCCAAAAAUCUAGGGGUCGAGCUGGGGGAGCACGGGAUCAGAGUGAACAGCAUAUCCCCUUUUCUCGUGCCAACGGCGAUGUCGAGGGAAGGGCUUGGCGGCGUGGAUGACGAGACCAUAGUGCGACUUGUCAGCAAGGGCGCAAAUCUGAAAGGGGCCGUGCUGAGGGCUGAGGACAUAGCGAAUGCAGCUCUGUACCUCGCGAGCGACGAGUCCAAGUACGUGAGCGGGGUGAACCUAGUGGUGGACGGGGGUUACAGCACCACCAACGUUGCCCUAGGAUUGGCUUUGAAGAAGUUCGUUUCUUGACCAGUUUUGGUUUCAUUUCGGGAGUAAAACGUUUCGUACUUAGCAAAGUUUGCAUUUUUCACCAUCAUUACUUGGUUCAAGCAGUUCGGCGAUUAUUCCACUUAAGCAAAGUUUCGGAUUUGAGUCCUUGUAAAUGUAGAAAAUCUAUGCUGGGAGAGUUUUAUCCAUUAAUGUGCCGACUCGACUCGACUGAAUUAGUCGGGGCCCAAUUAAGUUUUCGAAUAUCCGGAUUCACAUCGAAAA